UCGGCACGCUUACACGCUACCUGACAUCGUCGCGUUUCCAAUGCAACAUAUCAGAAAAUGUGUUUGCUGAUAACCUCGAAAAAAUACACAAAAUUAACCAAGACAGGUGUGAAGCUCGCGGUCUUUACAAUAGCAAUGUCUCUCAAACAGGUGUGAAAUCUACUCAAAAAUGCAUCUACACUUCGAGCGUAAUGUUAACGCUAAAUGCGAUUGUACUAUACUGUCGUUGUCGUGGAUGGGAAAGGUGCCCGACGAGUUGCCAGAGGAGGAAGGUUGGAAGUUGAACCGCAACAAUUACUACCAAGAGGGUUGGUUGGCGACGGGCAACGUGCGUGGAGUGGUCGGCGUGACUUUUACGUCAUCACACGCGCGGCGGCAACACGAGCUACCGCUGCGUACCAACUACAACCUACGUGGGCAUAGAUCUGAUGUAAUUCUUGUGAAAUGGAACGAACCAUAUCAGAAGUUGGCGUCGUGCGACAGUUCGGGCGUCAUCUUCGUAUGGAUCAAAUACGAAGGCCGAUGGAGCAUCGAGCUCAUAAAUGACAGGAGCACACCUGUCACACACUUCUCCUGGUCUCAUGAUGGAAGAAUGGCCCUUAUUUGUUACCAGGAUGGCUUCGUGUUGGUGGGCUCGGUGGCCGGUCAGCGCUACUGGUCUUCGAUGCUGUCGCUGGACGCGAGGAUCACGUGCGGCUGUUGGACGCCUGACGACGGUCAAGUGUACCUUGGUACUGCCUCCGCGCAGCUCGUCGUUAUGGACGUGCACGGCGCUAUGGUGUCACAGGUGCAACUGGUAGCUGAAGGUGGCAUAACAUCUAUGGCGUGGUCAUGCGAGAAAUUUAAGAUGGAGGAGGGUGAAGAGGGUGGUGAAAGUAGCGGUGGCCACGUGCUGGCCGUCGCGCUGGGCAACGGAGAGAUAGUGCUUUUACAUGGCCAUGACGACGUUAGUCCAGUGCGUGUGACCACUGGCCUCAGGGGCAGCACGCUGGCCAUGGAGUGGGCAAAUUCACGAGAAUUGCUCGCAGUUGCGGGGACCUUGAAUGCGGAGACCAACGAGUCCGCCGAAGCGCCUCCGUUCAACAAUGUGGUCAAGUUCUACUCCGACACCGGGGUGCUAAUAUACACUGUGCCCAUACCAUAUACGCAGGCCCGUGUGAGUGCGCUGACGUGGGGCCACGCGGCGCGUCGUCUGUUCGUGGGCGUGGGCGGCGCGGUGUGCACGGCUCGAGUGUGGCGUGCGGUGGCGCCACUGCAGCUGCUGGCGCGCGUGCGGGCCGCGCAGGCGCUGCGCCACGCGCGCCUCGCCGCCGCGCUGCCCCUCCCGCCGCGUCUGCAGCCCGCGCUCGCCAGCCUCUUCGCACACACCAUACGGUGCAACGUGCCGGAGACGAGCGAGCUGCGGCGAUUCGUGUCGCGUCCGCCGGGCGGGCGGCUGCACUGUACCAUGCUGCGGCACGACGACGAGGAGGCGGGCGCUUACACGCUCUACCUGGAGCACCUCGGCGGCCUCGUACCGCUGCUCAAGGGAAGACGCACCAGCAAGAUACGACCCGAAUUCGUCAUAUUCGACCCACAGGCCGAAGUGUGCGCAGAUGGCGCUGCGUGCGCAGUGAGCAGCAGUAGCAGCAGCAGCAGCGGCGCGGGGCUGGCCGGCGGCUCCCCCGCGCCCCGCUCGCCGCGCCCCGCGCCCCCCGCCACACCCGCGCACCGCCCCCGCCUCCCGCAGCCGCAACACUCCUCCUGCUCCUCCGACAGCGAGAGAGAAGACGGUUGUACAGGAUCUCCCAGACUGCAACGACGCAGGCGCGCCCGGGAGCGGCGCAAGGCGAGGAAGUCCGGUGACAAGGACGACCCGCCCGACGAACUCGCUUACAUCGACUCCUUGCCGGAGGAUGUUCGAUUAGUUGAAGUCACAUCGAAUAUUUGGGGCACCAAAUUUAAAAUGCACGGGCUGGCUAAAAAUGUUCCUGAUAACUUGGGUCAAGUGACUUACAAAACGUCUUUGCUUCAUUUGCAACCGAGACAAAUGACGCUAAUGAUAACCGAACUGAGGGACGACCACCCAGUAGAUCCCGAUCCGAAUUUUAAUCCGAACAUAUUUUCCGAAGACGAGGAAGAAGUGUUUCAGUCAAACGACUCGAGUUCACCUUCGCAUACAAAUAAUAACAUUAGGCGGAAAUUAACCAUCAACGACCGAAUCAAUAAUUCAAAUAAUGUUCUUUCUCAAAAUGAAACUUAUUCCAGUAAUAACAACAAUUCGAAUCCAUCCAUAGCGCGAGCGGAAUCGUACGACGAAUUCCCAUACAUAGAUACGAACGACUCCGUCAACAACGUGUCGGAGAGCGUGUACUCGACGGGCGUGCGGCACGCCGCGCCCGCGCCCGAGCGCAGGGUGAACAGCUCCGCCGGCGUCCCCCACCGGCACGCCAUCUCCCCGCUGCGCUGCGAGAGCUCAGUCCCAACCUUGCAGUCCCCGAAGAAUGCCGUCGCGCCGACAGACAUCAUUUUCGAAAGGCCCUCCCCGCAAACGGUGACCUGCGGAGGUCGCGGUGACUUCUGCGGCGGCAGAACCGAUUACAGUGUCCGCAGUGAUGGCGUAGCCCUAAAAAAUAAUAUACCAAACAUCGAACAACAAUCUUUCAAUUUAAACCUUAGCGUAGAACCCAGUAGGCAGGUUACAAUAAAAAAAUGCGAUAACCACGUUUCGGACAAUUGUCUCUCAAAAUUACGCAAAAACAUUUGUAACCGUGGCGAAUCGGCGUCAUUCGAGGUUAAUACUAGAAUACUGAAAACUUUAUGUAACAAAAAUUUCGAGCACGAGGUGCAUCCGGAUGCUAUGACGCGGCGCUCAGAUAAUAUGAAAAAUAUACAAAAGGGUGAAGAUUUGAAAUUCAUCGACGAGGAAACUCCCAUAGAAACAACGAUAAACAAUUUGAGCGAGAGACCUCGCGAGAUGAGAGUGCAGCGUACUACAACCGUGGUGCCCAUCAGCCCCGUGUGCGCCAGCGUGCCCGUCUACGACACGAUGACGCGCAGCUGCAGCGUGGGCUACCUAGACCUCGUCGACCCGCAAGUGCUGCGCGCUCACAGCCUCACCGCCCUGCGCGGCGAGCAGCCCCGGCGACUGGUCCUGGUGAAUAACAAACGCCACAGGAGAGCGAAGCGACAUUUCCGGACCAACGACAUCAAGCAAAUGGAAAGCAAAACGCCGAGCUUAAAGAAAUGUGGAAAAUCGAGGAGCCUCGAUUCGGGCGAACUCUCUAUAACGGUGGAGAAAUGCAAGCGACAGUCGGCGCCGAUGUGGAACGAGAACAGCCAGGUGUACCAGCUAGACUUCGGUGGCCGCGUCACGCAGGAGUCCGCCAAGAACUUCCAGAUUGAGUACCAUGGGAAACAGGUGAUGCAGUUCGGGCGCAUCGAUGGCAACGCGUACACGCUGGACUUCCAGUAUCCGUUUUCCGCGCUGCAGGCGUUCGCUGUCGCGCUGGCCAACGUCACACAGCGCCUCAAGUAGACUACUCUCUAGCCUUAAUACAGCUUAGAUCUCUUUUCCACUGAGAAGUGAACCGUGCGACUGUUGCGGCAGUGACAAUAUUUAUGCAGUUUUCUACUAUGGAAGGACUAUUCAUCCGCUUUGGAUAAGAUAGACAACAAAUAUGUUUUAAUAGAAAUGUUUUCGCAGUGGAAUUUUAAACCACAAAACAGUCACAGUCAUAGUGGAAAAGUGGUCUUAGUCUUUCUACGCGUAGUAUAGCUAAUAAAAACUUCUCGCUGGCCCAAUUUCUAUUCAAUAGAAAUAAAAAAAAAUAUAAUCAAGCCUAGCACUACAUCGCAUAUAAUUUUGUUGCAUAAACUACACAAGCUGUACUAAUAAUAUAAAUAAUAGUUGGGCCGCAGAAGUUAAUAGUAAAUAGUAAUAAAUAACAGAUGUAACACAUUUCUGGAAUAUGCUUUACAGUCGUAACAAACGACGACCACCCAUCCAAGUAUUUUUACACAAGCCUUAGAUAGGUAGCUUUGUAAGAUAUUCAAUUAAUAGAUCUGAAUAAAUACAUACAAAAUAUAUUAAAUAAACAUCAUUAAACCAUACACAUUGUCAACCUGAUAGAAUAAUGUGUAAAAAUAAGAAAAUUUAGUUUGAAUAAAAAUAAAAUAAUUUCUUAGCCACAAUAAUUAAAGCAAAAACAGCUAACCGAUGUCACGUAAUAUUAAACUGCUAUUUUUUUUAC